AAAGCUUUUCUGCAGUCGCUUCUCAGAGGAAGAUUCUUAAGGAACGAGAGGCCUGCAGAUCAAGAGAGAACUCCAUCAACGGCUUCUAGGGAACUUCUUCAGCUAAGAGAAAGACAGACCGUCUCUGGUUUGAGGGAAGGGUUCCAUAGUGGGAGGGAAAGUAUUGUCCAUGAAAAUAGUAGCGACACUGAUAACAAUAGCACAACUGCUGUAACAAUUGCUGUCACCGCUCGGCAUAUAACCGAUGAUAGUUCAAGAACUUCUUCUAGACAAGGGAAUAACAGUCCCCUCUUGCAUGAUGACUCGGUUAGGUCGGAAAGCAACCUAGCAAAUGAAGAUAGAGAUUGGGAAGAGGAUACCAAUCAAAGAAGGGUUUGGCAGGAAGAUGUCACAGCAGACGAGAGGCUAAAUCUGCAGCAAACAACGUUGACCCAAUCUAGUGAUUGGGGAAAUGGUAACGCAGAUAUAAACCAUGAUGAGACUUCCGUCAGUGACCUACACCGAGAAGCCUCUGGAAUUACAGAUGAUGAAGGUCACACACAAGAAGGUCAUGGUGUUUGGCAUGAGGAUGUCCCUAGACAAUCGAAUGGGAACUGGACUGAGACACGGUCAGAAGCCCCAAGGACUCGCCGUGUAGUACCAUUGAGAAGAUUAAGUAGGUUUCAUCCACCUGAGGAUGACAAUGUUUACAGCAUGGAACUCAGGGAGCUCCUAGGCAGGAGAAGUGUUUCUAAUCUACUACAUAGUGGGUUCCGUGAAAGUCUGGAUCAACUGAUACAAUCAUAUGCUGAAAGGAGAGUUCACACUCAUGAUGACUGGGAUCUGCACGAUAACCUGCAAACAGCAAUCCCAGAUUCUCCAGAGCGUGAUAGAGACCACCAAGUAUUUGUACAGAACGAUAAUCAGCUUAAUGACAUCAAUGGUCCACAAAUGCUUCCCACCCCACCCGUGCCACCACCCCAGCCAAUAUGGCACCACUCUAGCUGGUCUCGCCACUCUAUGCAUCGGUCUGAAAUGGAAUGGGAGGUAAUGAACGACCUAAGAGGAGACGUAGCAAGACUGCAGCAAGGAAUGAGCCAGAUGCAGAGGAUGCUCGAAGCCUGCAUGGAUAUGCAAUUAGAGCUGCAGCGUUCGGUUAGACAAGAAGUCUCUGCAGCCUUAAACCGAUCUGCAGGUGACCAAGGUAUGAGCGCGGAAACAUCAGAAGAUGGAUCAAGAUGGAUCCAUGCAAGGAAAGGGACUUGUUGCGUCUGCUGUGACAACCACAUUGAUGCUCUCUUGUAUAGAUGUGGGCACAUGUGUACUUGCUCACAAUGUGCGAACGAGCUUGUAAGAAACGGAGGGAAAUGUCCGCUUUGUAGAGCACCAAUCAUGGAGGUAAUCAGAGCCUACUCCAUUUUAUAAUUGGAAGGGGAGAAGAAGGUACAUAGAAGGCAUGAAGCAGCAUAAAGGAAAGUCUGAGUGAGAAACAUGUUCGAUUUUGAGGUUUAAGAUUUAUAUGUAUGUAGUUGUAGUUCCUUUCUCAAAUCCAAAUUUGAUGUGUACAGUUCAUAAUUAAACAAAAUUAAAUUA